AACAAACAAUACUGCCUAAUAUGAAAAAUAAAGUAAUCUAUAAUGAAACUAUUAAAGAGGCUUUUGCAAAAAUUUUACGCAAGCAUCAAACAAAUAGGAAUAAUAUUUUUUUACUAACUGAGAAACCAAUUAAUGAAAAAGAUCCUUAUAGAUCUAGUAAACUUCCAAAACGAAGAUAUACUACUGUUGGCUUGUCAAAAGUUAAUGUCGGAACAAAAGAUCAAAUAAUUGUUAAAAAUAAGUCAAAUUCACACGAUGAAAAUACUGAAAUUGUUUCGCUAUCAACACUGAGAAGAAAAAUUGACAAUCCUGCUUUAGAAGAGCUUUUUGAAACACAAAGUUUUGAUCGCAAAAAGAACAAGGCCAAAUCUUGCAAUAUUGAAUUGGAAAUUUUAGAUCCUGAUAGCAUCUAA